AUUUGUUGUUUUUGUACCUAUUUUUCUUAUCAUUUUAUGUUUUGUGUGAUAUAGAGUUAUAAAGCCGACAGAGAGAAGUUGGAUUGGAAAGGAAAUGUGUACAUGUCGGCUUCUCCUGCUCCCAUUCGACAAAUAUAUAAGGCCCAUUUGCUUAUCGAAUUCAGUUCCUGUUUUUAUCAAUUUAAAACCAUUCGAAAUAGCUUUCUUUUGAAGUUCUUUUUCUUUUUUGUGUUUGGUUGACAUUGAUUCUGAUGAGUUUUGGGUCUUUGCAAUUGAAGUAAUAUAUGUUACUGCAGAACAAGUUUUGCCUUUUUGUUUUGAUUCUGUUAUUUGAAUUGUUUGGAACUGGAUUUGGAGAAAAUCAAUCGUGAAUGGAGGAAGGCAACGAGAGAAGCAAGUUCAAGAGGGUUUGUGUCUUCUGUGGGAGCAACUCUGGCCACAGAAAAGUCUUCAGCGAUGCUGCUCUUGAAUUGGGCAAUGAACUGGUGCAGAGGAAGCUAGACUUGGUGUACGGUGGGGGAAGUGUCGGGUUGAUGGGUUUGAUUUCCCAGACAGUGUAUGAUGGAGGUUGCCACGUUCUCGGGAUCAUUCCAAGAGCUCUCAUGCCUCUUGAGAUAUCUGGUCAAACUGUUGGAGAAGUAAGAACUGUUUCAGACAUGCAUGAGCGGAAAGCUGCAAUGGCUCGAGAAGCUGAUGCCUUUAUUGCUCUUCCUGGAGGAUAUGGGACAAUGGAAGAGCUGUUGGAGAUGAUAACAUGGGCCCAACUUGGAAUUCAUAAAAAACCGGUAGCUCUGCUAAAUGUUGACGGGUUCUAUAAUUCCUUGCUGGCAUCAUUUGACAAUGGGGUUAAAGAAGGAUUCAUCAAGCCAAGUGCUAGGCAUAUAGUCCUCUCUGCUCCAACUGCUAAAGAACUAAUGAUUGAGAUGGAGGGAGACUUGCAUGAAAUGUUGUUUCAAUUCUCGGACAGGGAAAUGAUAUAGAGCAAUACACUCCUUUCAAUGAACAUGUUGCUUCUCAUGAAAGCUGGCAGAUGGAACAGCUUGGUAAUUAUCCCGGGCAAGAAAACGCACAGUGAUUGUUGGUGGUAGGUCUUUCUGCUAAAUCGAUUCCUGAUGUGCUUCUCAUCAUUUAUGUGGAAGAAUCUAUAUAGAUGGGACCAUUUAUUGUUUAUUACUAUGAACUCUUGUCGUUCUUUGUGACCUGAAUUGUACUAAAAUUUUCCUUAAUGUUUUAUUACAAACCAUGGUUUAUGGUCGGUUGAAAGUUGAAACACUGUUCUCUAGUCA